UCGAACUUUUCUCCUUUCCCUCUCUUUUCGUGUGUGUGUGUGUGUGUGUGUCUCUCUCUCUCUCUCUCUCUCUCUCUCUCUCGAACCAUCGUCGUCAUCAUCUCCUCGUAUCGAGGACAGGUGUCAAAACCCUAACCCUAACCCUAGAAGGUGAUAUCGAUGAGAUGGGAGAUGGAGGAGGUGGAGGCGGUGCUGGAGAGGAUCUGGGAUCUGCACGACAAGAUCAGCGACGCAAUCCACGCGAUCUCCCGCGCCCACUUCCUCAAAUCCAUCAAGGCCCUCGGCAAAUCCGGCGCCUGUGAGAAGGCCGGGAUCCACCCGUCGUCGUCGGCGGCGGAGGGGAUUGGGGACGACACCGGCCGCGGUGGCGGUGACGGGAAGAGUGGCUUCGUCUUCGUGAAGGAUUUUGGGGCGGCGGCGGCGGAGAUGGACGGGGACGCGGCCAUGGCCGAGGCGCGGAGCCUCCACGCCAUUCGCGCCGCGCUCGAGAACCUCGAGGACCAGCUCGAGUUCUUUCACACUGUUCAAUCACAACAGCGAGCUGAAAGAGAAGCUGCAAUAACAAGACUAGAGCAAAGCCGCAUAAUCCUUGCGAUGAGGUUGGCCGACCAUCAAGGGAAAAAAUACAAAGUCAUUGAAGAGGCUUUAGCUUUUGUCGGUAAUGUGCGUAAUGCUGGCAACUUUGUCUCUCCAGAAGAUUUAUACGAAAUUCAAAGGACUCAACCAGGUGAGAAUGAGGAAAAUCAUAAGGGACAAAAUUUAAGUGUCUUAAUGCGGAUGCUGUUCUCCGGUUUGGCUUUAGCGAGAAGCUCUUUUAGAAUAGAGAGGAUUGGCGGUGUAUUGGGGAACGCGGCUGUGUUUGCUGUAAGCAUGCUUGCUUUGCUUCAGCUGCAACAAGUGGCUUUUAGAAGUGACCCUUCAACAGCGAAAGCCGAGAGCUUCUAUAGGAAGAGAGAUAACAAGAAUAACACUCACCUGGCCAGUUCUCCACAGAGUAGUGAGGUAAAGCAUCUUGAUGUGUUGUUAGCUAGGGGUUAGAACUUGCAAAAUUUUUAUCUCUUUCAACCAAUUCUUGUACAUGUUCUUGUGCGGUUUUGUUAGGGCAUUUUUCUUGUAGUAAUUGUUCUUUUCUUUCCUUUUCUCUUUUUUUUUUUUUUUUUUUUUUUUUUUCUUUUUUUUUUUUUUUUUUUUUUUUUUUUUUUUUUUUUCCCCUUUUCUGUUUCUACUCUACUGCUUUAUGACUAUUGUACCACGAAAUAUGUAAAUCGUAUCUAGUUUAGAGUUGCGGCUUGAUUUGUGCCCCAAUUUGUUUACUCCAUUUUAUUUAUACAUAAUUGUGUGGUUUAACAUGGUGGUGAUGAGGACUAAUCGACGGGUUUCUUCUGAAAAGGGCUCUGAAUUGGUUCAGUGACGAUCAAGCUUGUAGAGGUUUCUUUAUUCUCUCUUCUAAACUUUGUAAAGGAGAAAAAAGAAAGGAAUCACUGCUAGAAUCUCUUUUUGUUUC